GUUAGUUACCUUACAUAGCCAACUUGACAUUAUUUGAAGUACGUAUGUGACUUAAACGAAUGGUGGCCCGCAUUACUCGGUAAUUGCACCAGCUGUAAGAGCACAGCAAACUGCAGCAUUAUCUCCAAUGGCAACGGAAAACGGGCAAGAUGUUGAAAAUACCUUAGGACAGCCAGGUGAUGCCGGCAAUGGCAACAAAAUGGCGUCGAUUAAAAAGGAAAUCGAGUACGAGCUGAAAAUAAUGGAAGUGGAAGGCGCUGUCGUUCCAAGCGAGGAAACCGUAACAAUUGAGGUGGAUAACGAUGAUGUUGAUAUGGACGGUGUGCUUCUGGUCGCCGAAUAUCAAACGGCCUCCAUUGACACUACGCUGGCUGCAAAGCCAACGGAUGAUCCGCUGCUGGAGGACAAACUGUCCACGAAGACGAAGCCGAGCAGCGACGGUGACAGCAACUGUUCGUAUAGUGGACCCGAUCCCAUGGGUCUGCUGGAGCCCAUCGAUUCUAGCCGGGAUGUGGAUGACAACGAGGACGACGACGACGAUGAUAGCUUCGAUGAGGUGAGCAGCGCUGGCAGCGGUUCCCGUCGCAUCAGCCGCCCCGAACGCUGGCAAAUCUGGAUGAAGCGUUGGCGCUGGCUCCUGCACGAGGAGUGCGACGGCGACUAUGGCUUUUGUCUGUACUGCAAUGUGGCCAUCAACGUGAACCGUAAUCUCAAAAACAUACAGCAACAUAAUAUGUCGCUCUACCAUCAGGAGCGUGAGAACAACUAUUUAUCCUUCAAGAGCAGCGAGGCGCAAGUGCGCAACAGCAGUUGCAGUGAUAAUGAGGUGAAGCACGAGUUCGGCACGGAUAUCUAUGUGGCUGCUAUGAAACAGAAACGCGCCAGCGAAGUGGAAACGUUCAACAAUUUCAAUUGGCAGCGUUGGCUGAACUGGCAUCAGUGGCUGGAACGGGUGCAGAAUGAUGGCACCAUUGGUCUGUGCAAAUACUGUAAUGUGCGGAUGAAUGUUGAGUUCGUCUAUCUGCGGAAGCGGCACGAGACCAGCAAGGGACACUGCGAGGCGCAGCGAUCAGCGCAGGAGAAGUCGUCACGGAAACGUAAGCGUAGCGUUAGCCAAGAUGCUGAGCAAAUAGACCCGGAGAGACCCAACAGCAACAAUAACAACAACAAUAAAACCCAAGUUGAGGAUCCAAUAUUCGUUGUUGGCGCCAGCGUCGAGUCAACGGAUCCGAGUGACUUCUGGGAGGCGUUGCCGGACACAAAUCCGGCACAGUGUCGCUGCAAACUCUGCGACUGUCGCAUGGCCGUCACCAGUUUUAUGCGUCACCUCAAGACCAAGGUGCACUGCAGCAAUCUGUCCAGUCAAAAGCGGAAACUAAUGAAUCUGAAUCGAGGUAUUUGGGCCAAGUAUGCGGAUCAGCAUCCCUGGCUUGUCGCCGAUCCACGUGAUGAAACGCUGGCCUAUUGUCAUGUAUGCUGUCGUCGCUUCAUGUACGGACACUCGGAGAUCAAACGCAAGAAUCACGAGAACUCCGAGAAGCAUCAGGCUGCAUUGGUGGCCGCUGCGACGGCAACUGCCGGAGAGGACGCAGAGGAGGCGGCGGCACAAAGCGAGCCGGAACAGUUUGGGGUACGCAGCGAGUCAGAUGAUGACGACGCCGACUACAUUGAGGAAGAUGACAAGCUGUCCACGUCCUCAAGGAGUUCCGUUGAACGCGCAAAGACGGCGCAAGUCGAGUCUCACCAGGCUGAGCCGGUUGUGCGGCAUUUUUCGUGGCUGCGCUUCACCAAGGAUCGCAAGAUACAGAUGUGCAAGUAUUGCCGUGUGCGGUUCUACAACGAGUCGAGCAAGUUGCGGCACGAGCACAGUGUACGCCACAAGAAUCUCAGCCAGCAGUUCAAGGCGCGUCAGGCGGCACAGUUGAGGCAGGCACGCAAGCAGCGCAGACGCGCAGCAAAGGAGGGGAACGUCGACAAAGGCGAUGAGGUGGAAGAGGUGCAGAGUAAUGCUACAGUCGAGAUAAUACAGGACAAUGACGUCGAGCCAUCAUCAAGCACCGUAGCCAAACAGAAGCCAGAGUUCCGGCAGACGCCGCCAACAAUGCGCGGCAAGGUGUUGAUGUGGAAGGAACGCUUUCCAUGGCUCUCGUAUAAGCGCAGCGAACAGCGCACCAAUUACGGCUGGUGCAAACUGUGCGAGGUGUCCGUCUACUUGUCCAGCUUCAAAUAUGCCUCCAAACAUCAGCGCAGCGCGCGACAUGUCCGCUUGCGUUUCGAGCGGAAGCGAGCAGCACGCCAAAUGCCAUCCACAGAUGCCACCAUCUCGCCCGUAACGCUGACCACGGGCGAAGCGAAGAAUAAGGUGGCCAUGGCUGAGCUGCAGGCCAAGUACGAGUGGCUGGAACCGGAUGCCAGCGAUGAGAACUACUGCCAUUGCAAGAUCUGCGAUACACGGCUGCCGAUCAAGGUGUUCUUUUUGCGGCAACACGACGGCUCACGCAAGCAUGUCGAUCAGCUGGAGCGGUUGAGGAUCAGGAGUCAAACGGAGGGGGGCACACUAACAGCAACCGGCGAAGCGAAACCCGCUGCUGCUGCUGCUGCCUACGGCAUCGAAGACGACCAGGAGACCGAUGAAGCGCUGAGCGUCAAUCCGCCUCUUAGGUCCGAGUGCAGCACCGAGGAGCAGCUGCUGUCGAAGCGGAUGCGUCGUUCGCUCGAGGUGCGUCGCAUCCUGCGCGUCCUCCGCGGCUCGAUGGGGAAGCGUGGCGACGAGCGCAGCCAGUUGGACAUGGCCAAGGAUAUGAUAUGCUCCUCCUUCGAGAUUGUGUCACGUCUGCGCACCAUGGAGCGCGAGAACGUAUCGCGUGAGCUGCCAGCAUCAUCACCAUCACUUCAUCAUCCUCAGGCAUCUGCCUUGGUUUUGCCAACUCAGCCGCGUGACACCAUCGAUCUGUUCUUGGAGAGCAUAUCGCAGACGAUGAAGAAUCUGCCCGCCGACUUGGCUGCCGAGGGCAAGGCCAAGAUUAUGCAGAUUGUCUGUGAUUUGGAGCUGCGCGGCAUGCAGCGCACAACUGCACAACCAGCUCCGGUCACACCACCACCACCACCCGCAAUUACGGUGCAGGCAAAGGAGACGCCAGUGGUGCGCCAGCCUCUCCGAUCUAAUUCGAUGCGUUCGACUGUGGAUGAAGUGGUUGAAGCUGCAGCGGUGCCCUGCUCCCCCGAAUCUCUAUCCUCUACCAUAAGCGUUGAGGACCUGACGGAUGAGCAGCAGACGGAGCCAGCCAACGGUGCUACGAUCAACUUAUCCGAAGUAACAGUGACGCCCAAGCCACGAACAGCCGUCACCAGCAAUCCGAGUCCAACUGGAGCAGCAGCAGCAAUUGCAACUGUUAACCGGUUUAACCGACGUGCCAGGGAUGUGACACUCAAAGUACGUCGCCUGAUCCCAGGCAAGCUGCAAGUUUCAGCCAUACCCGAUGCAACGGAGUCAGUUCGCGUUGUGCCCAUCAGCAAGCUGGCGUCCACCACACAAACUCAUCCAGCGAAUGCGACCAAUGCUGCACGCAUCAAUGGCACACCGCAUCUGACACAGCGCAACGGUCAGCAGCAGCAGCCAAAUCAUUCGUCACCCAAUGCCAUUGUGAAGCCUAAGACGCCCAAUUCCAGCUCCCCUUUAUAUACGGAAGUGACCAAUGGAACGGGCACGAAUCUUAGUGGCUCAGCAAUCAUAUACCGUAAAAUACGCGUCGGCAAUGGCAAUGGCAACGGCAAUGGUACCAAGGUGAUAACGUUCCAGAAGCAGCAAGCAACACCAUCCCAAACGCAGCAGCCGCAGCAAAAGUCGAAUACACAGCAGCCAUCACAGUCUGUCCGCUACUCGAAUAGCGGCAUACCGCUGACGUCGGUGCAGAUCCAGGCGCAGGCACAGAUGCAGGCCCAGGCACAGCUCCGCUCGGUGAAUCUUAAUCAACGGACAGUGGUGCGUCCAGUGGCGCCAAACAGGCCACCGCCGCCGAACCAGUAAUCAUCUUUAUUUGUUUCAAAAAUAUAAAUUAGAUUAGAAAUUAGUUUUCGAUGUUACGUUCAAGUUGCAGCGCAUACGAUUUUAAGAAUUAAUAUAUAUUUAUAUAAUAAGUACAAUUUGCCAAUUUAGUCGAGGCAAUUAUCGAAUUGUUUCAUUGUCACAAUUGAAAUAGGCCUAAAACUGAGUAAGUAGCUGAUUGCACUUUAUAAUAAUAAUAAGAAAUAUUUAUGACCAAAAUGUGAAUGGAAUGAAUUGAAAAUUUAAUAUGGAUAAAGUGUGUACAAUAAUUGAGUUACUUUCAGUUCGGCAAGUUAAUGAAUUAUAAUGACAUAUAUAUAUAUUGUAUACUUGUAAGAUAUGCACAUGCAAAUUAUGCGAGAUGCUCUUCUUUUUGUUCUCUCUUUCGAAUUUUGGUUAACUAUAUGUACAGAUAAGUAUUUUAGAAUUUUCAAUAUGCAAAUGCAUUGAUUUAUUUCCUGUAUUUCAUUUCACUGCUGCAGCGCAUAAAAAUAAACACAUCACUAAGGUCUUUGUUGACGCAGUUUAAGUUCA